GAUAUGUGGGGGGCCUCGUAAACAUACUACAUGAAGGCGAGGGAAGAUGGCGGAUGUGUUGAGUGUUCUUCGUCAGUAUAAUAUCCAGAAAAAGGAAAUCGUCGCUAAAGGGGAUGAGGUGAUAUUCGGCGAGUUCUCCUGGCCGAAAAAUGUGAAGACAAACUACAUAAUCUGGGGUACUGGCAAGGAGGGCCAACCCAAAGAGUAUUAUACUUUGGACUCCAUUUUAUUCUUGCUCAACAAUGUGCAUCUGCCGCAUCCUUCGUAUGUGCGGAGAGCUGCAACAGAGAACAUCCCUGUUGUCAGACGGCCGGAUCGAAAAGGAUUGCUGUCCUACCUCAAUGGCGAGAGUUCUACAUCAACAAGCAUCGACAGAAGCGCACCAAUAGAAAUAGGACUUCAAAGGGCAACACAAGUUAAAAGAGCAGCUGAUGAAGUUUCUUCUGAAGCCAAGAAACCAAGGAUUGAGGAUGCAGAACGAGUGCGUCUGGACAAGGAGCGCCUGGCUGCCCGUCUGGAGGGCCACAAAGAGGGCAUCGUGCAGACGGACCAGAUCAGAUCUCUGUCCGAAGCCAUGUCUGUGGAGAAAAUCGCCGCCAUCAAAGCCAAAAUCAUGGCCAAGAAACGCUCGACCAUCAAAACGGACCUGGACGACGACAUCACGCUGAAGCAGAGGAGCUUCGUGGACGCAGAGGUGGACGUCACCAGGGACAUUGUCAGCCGAGAGCGGGUCUGGAGGACCAGGACCACCAUCCUCCAGAGCACCGGGAAGAACUUCUCGAAGAACAUCUUUGCCAUCCUUCAGUCGGUGAAAGCCAGAGAGGAAGGACGAGCACCAGAGCAGAGACCAGCACAGAACACUACCCAAGUGGACCCGUCCUUGAGGAACAAGCAGCCCGUCCCGGCCGCCUACAACAGAUACGAUCAGGAGCGAUUCAAAGGAAAAGAAGAAACGGAGGGUUUCAAAAUCGACACCAUGGGCACCUACCACGGCAUGACCCUCAAGUCAGUGACGGAAGGAGCGUCUGCCCGGAAGGCCCAGACCCCGGCGCUGCAGCCAGUCCCCCGCCCAGUUUCACAAGCCAGACCUCCACCAAAUCAGAAGAAAGGAUCCCGAACCCCCAUCAUCAUCAUCCCUGCUGCCACCACCUCCCUCAUCACGAUGCUCAAUGCUAAGGAUCUUCUGCAGGAUCUGAAGUUCACUACAUCAGAGGACAAGAAGAAGCAGGGCAUCCAGCGGGACAACGAGGUUCUGCUCCAGAGGCGCAAAGACCAGAUCCAGCCGGGCGGCGCCACGCUCAGCGUCACCGUUCCCUACCGCGUCAUCGACCAGCCGCUGAAACUGGCUCCACAGGACUGGGACCGGGUGGUGGCCGUGUUCGUGCAGGGUCCCGCCUGGCAGUUCAAGGGCUGGCCAUGGCUGCUGCCCGACGGCUCUCCGGUCGACAUUUUUGCCAAAAUUCGGGCCUUCCAUUUGAAAUACGACGAGGCGAAGACGGACCCGAACGUGCAGAAAUGGGACGUGACCGUCCUGGAGCUGAGCCGCCACAAACGCCACCUCGACCGACCCGUCUUCUUACGCUUUUGGGAAACCCUCGACAGAUACAUGGUGAAACACAAAUCUCACCUCCGGUUUUGAGCUCAGAUCAGUGUUUCUCUCUGAAAUUCCCUCAAGUUAAUUCCACAGCCUUCCAACUCGGCUUGGUCCUCGUGUUUUCCCAGCAGCCAAGCCAUCCUCCACCGAGGCGGACGGAACAGCCGACGGAUUUCCCCGAAAACUCCCAAAGCGUCUGGAGUUUUCCCUCUGAACAUAAGAAAAGUCUUUUUAAUGGGUUUUUCUGUUUCAGACCCAGUUUUUGUUUUAUUUUGUUUUGUUGUUUUUUUUUUUCCCUUAAGUUUCCAGGUAGUUUAACAGAAAAACCAAACUACGUUUGAUAUAAAAUUCUACAAACUGCGGAAACGGUCAAAAACAAGUUACCUAGCAACAAAAACCUGAUGGAGAUGUUUCGGGUUUCCUUGUUUUUGGCCGUCUAUAUCAAGGAGAUUGUUGCUUUCCGCUCAGAACUGUUCGGAUCGGGGAAAACAACUGAAGCGACGUAGAGCUAAGAUGGAGCGCAGAGACUCUGACGACCUUCUGAUUUAACGCGUUUGUGGCCAUAAUGUACAUAGAUGAUAAAACCAGAGAGAGCCGAAGCUCUUUGAGCAGAGACGGCUGCAGGUGAGUGAUUCGGUUAUCUAAGUCAGUUCCUACUUCUGUUUUUCACGCCAUCAGCACCUCUACCGGUCAUCUAAUGACUGUCUUCUUUUUCUUCUUCGUUGGUGUUGUGCUAGAUGAGAAUAAUUGCUUUAAGUCACCACAUGAGAACGGACAAUAAAGCCUUUGUGAAACGCCUAGA